UGGUCAGCGUUUAGUGCGCGUGAAAGCGUUCUUGUUGAUCAGUAGAAAAGCAGGUAGUUAGCCAAAGUUAUGUAGUUACUCGUCUAUCACAGACUACAACGUGGGUGGGUUGGUUUGCUCAAACAGACUUAUUUGACAGUGCUGUGCUGUACUUUUUACGCUACUUUACUUGCUCUCACUGGAAAUACAGAAAGCUCAAUUUUUGGGACGUCGCUCAUGUGUCAGUGUGCGCGUGACAGUAUCUUUACCAUCGGAAGGGAGAAUAAUAGAUUAACUUAAUAGAUUAACUUCUAAACGUAAGAAAAUGGUGACUGUAAGUUUACUUGGUUAACUAAAACCAUGGCUCUUCAGCCUUACUUCUGAGUGAAAACUGCGCGCGCGCCAGGAGCCUCGUCUCAGAAAUUCCAGGGAAGAAUUCCAAAUUUGGACAGCUUCCACAAGAUUUGUUUUAUUCAGGACUGUCCCAGCUCUCGGAUGCAUUUAUCACUAGAUACUAGUAACAUGGUGGAUGACAGCUGCCCCUCACCAGGCAACUUCCAUGAGAUGGUAAAAGGAGAGGUGGCAUCUGUUGGGACUCAUGUCCACAGCAUUGAUGUGAUUCUGGGCUUCACAAAGGACCCCGUGCCGUUGCUUAAUACUGGACUUAACGCUGUACCUCCUGAAGUUAGUGUUGAAAGUCCAGGGGAUGCAGAAAAGCAAGAUUUCAUUGUGUCUCCGAGAGACAACUCCGAGCUGCCAGCUUUUCACGUACCUGAAACAUUUUCUGACACGUUUGAGUCUGAGCAAAGAGAGGUAUGGAAAACAACUAAGAAUGACCAGAAAUCUCCAGAGCAGACAGAUGAGGAGCAACCGAAGAAGAAGCAUAGGCGAAACCGCACCACCUUCACCACAUAUCAACUGCAUGAGCUCGAGCGUGCCUUUGAGAAGUCUCACUAUCCUGAUGUGUAUAGCCGUGAGGAGCUUGCUAUGAAAGUCAACCUCCCUGAGGUCCGAGUACAGGUGUGGUUCCAGAACCGUCGUGCCAAAUGGAGGCGUCAGGAGAAGAUGGACACUGGUGCCGUAAAGCUUCAUGACUCGCCCAUGCUCUGCUUGAGUCGACCAACCAUGAACACUAGCAUUAACACCAUGAGUAACUCGCUGCCUCUAGACCCCUGGUUAGGGUCUCCCCUGACCAACACUACACCAAUGCAUUCUAUUCCAGACAUCAUGGGGACUGCACAGGGCCUGCAGACCGGAUAUCAGAGCCAUGGCUUCUUGAACCACCCUCAGGUCAUGAACCAAAGUAUGCAGCCCAUGGCACCCCCACAGUAUCAGUGCUCUCCAGUGUUUACUGAUAAAUUCCCCCUGGAAGAAGUUGACCAACGCUGCUUCAGCAUCGCUGCUCUGAGGAUGAAAGCCAAGGAACAUAUUCAAUCCAUGGACAAAACAUGGCAGCCCAUGUGACUGGGCUGAGCCAAAAACUGGCCUGGUGUUAUGUUCUGCUGCAUUAGAACUGUGUAUGAUAUAAAUAGAUAAAAUUGAGGAUAGAGGGAGUAAAAUGACAAAAAAACCUGACAACAAUGAGCCCGUUAUGCUUUCAGUGAAAUGGAUUUGUGGAAUUUUUUUGCGGAAUUGUUGUUUUGAUUUGUGUCAGACUGCAUAGGACACAUGAGAAGGAAUUUUUAUGAUGAGCCUAUCCUGUGUUUAAUUUUCUGCAAGCAGACUCAAGUGGUAUUGUAGGCUUUAAAUCAGCUGCUGCACCCUCAGAUAACCUAGACUGUUAAGUCAGAUGAGGUAUCUUUGGAUAAUAAGCUGGAUAACGUUUAUUUAUAUUUUUGCCAGCCCUAAGGUGGCUGCUUUCACUACAUAUUUUGGCAAAAAGAAAAGGAAACAUAGAGCCCUCAUGUGGCUGGAAUCAAAACUGGAUAUAUUGUCAUUUAUUUUCUUUAUAAUAUAGUUAUUUCUGUUCUGUUUAAAAGUAGUCAAAUUAAUUGCUUAUUUCCUUCUCUUCUGUGAAGAUAUUUAGUUGUUAGAUCUCUAAACCACUCAACAAACAAUCAAAUCAGCCAACUGUUUUAUCUGAUCAGUUUUAGUGAAAACAAGAAAAGUGAAAUAACAUAUUACCAUUGUGUAGCCAGGCCAGGGUUUUACUGUCAUUCAGAAAAAUUGACCACAGUAAUGUCCCAAAAACCGACAAAAAACAAUGCAUUGCUAGCCCAGCUACUCUGUCACUGUUGAUCUUUCAAUUAAAACCAAUAUGUUUAUGUUUUUGCAAUAAAUGACACUUUUCUGAGUA